AUGAAGGUCCUCCUGACUUCAGCUAUUGCACUGGAAGCGGGGAUGACAGUAGUUCCAUUUGAAGAGUUCUAUGAAAAGGAGCUCCCGAUCAUACUACGCCCUAAAGUCGGUCUAAUGGUCGACGUGCAAUACCAUGGCAGACCUCGGAGGCUAAAGAUUCGCGCUUCUUACACUAUCUGGCAUGGUGACGAGAAAGAUGCAGGGGUAAGCAUCGUCAUAUUUCAAACUGAGCGUGGCUAUCGGGGAACUGUAGACGGCCCCUGUCUCGCAUAUAUGGGAGCAAUACACAGUGCCCGAAAGGCCAUCCACCAAGAUGCAUGCAUCUACGGCAUUGCUACGGAUGGUAGAGACUGGACUUUUAUCCGGGUUGAUAAUGAGUCAAAGGUUUUAUUUGAAUACAAUAAUACUUUAGACCAAGUGUAUACAACUCUAAGAACCAUGGUGCGUCAUGCAAUGCACUUGGCGUCGCAGAGAGUGGCUGCAUCGACCACCGAAAAAUUGCCUUCCUCUAUUCGAUUCUAUGAUCCCUACAAGAAGUUGCCGCCUGAGGUGAACUUUGAUACUGAUACAGAGUUUGAGUGA